AUGUACUUCCUUCACGAACGUAGCAAGUACCUCAUGACUCAACAAGCCAUCCAAGUCAUCAUCACCACCAUCUACACUGUCUUUGCAAGCCCUAUCGCUGGCAAGAUCACACCCGAAGGCUGGUAUGGUCUUGGCGCUGGUCUCUCGGGCCUUCUGUUUGUUUUCGCUUUCCUCUUCCUGCCCGAGACCAAGUACGACCGCCCUCUCUCGUCAUACCAGGAGGCCGCCGAGCACAGUUUCGAUGUUGAAGAAACCGCACGCAAAGCAUCGCCCUCGGUCCAUCUCUGCACUACCAAACCCGAGCUUGACUUUGUCCGCUAUGCUCCUCGCACCUUCCGUUCCGACUUGAGAUUGUGGGUUGGCAAGCCUGACAUGAAGCAUGUCCUCGAUGUUUACAAGGUAAGCCUGCUUCUCAUGUGCCUGGUACUCACUUCAUUGACAUUUACCUCUAGCNAAAUGUGCGGCUUGCUUCUCUUCCCCAACGUCUUCUGGGCUCUUUGUCUCAACGGCCUGACUCUCGGUGCCAACAUCGCUAUCGGCACGACAUACGGCGGUAUUGUCACUGCUCCCCCAUACAACUGGAAGCAAGAUGCUGCUAGUUAUGUCAACAUUGGACAGAUCGUUGUGGCCAUCAUCGCUCUUCCUCUGCUUGGACAUGGUUCCGACAGACUUGUCAAGUGGCGUGCCCAGCGCAACGGCGGCAUUCACGAGCCCGAGAACCGUAUCCUUCCCCUGAUCAUUCCCCUGGUUGUUGGAGUGUUCAGCUGUGUGCUGUACGGUCUUGCUGCUCAGAACCCGACCCACUACCACUGGUUCACAUAUGUCUGGGUCGUUGCAGGUAAGCAUAUUGGUCCGAUACUACCAUUCGUCGCAGUCGCUAAUUUCUGUCACANNGCAUACUACUUUGCUUUCGUCGGUGCCAACAUCGUCGCCAUCACUUACCUUCUGGACAGCUACCCCGCUCGUGCUGGUCCUCUGUUGGUCAUCGUUUGUGCCAUGAGAGGUAUCAUGAGCUUUGGUGUCAGCUACGGCAUUCAGCCUAUGAUUCAAGCCAAGGGAUACGACGGCGCAUUCGGUAUCUUUGCCGCUUUGACUGCAGCUUUCGGUCUUUUGGGCGUCCCAGUCUUCAUCUGGGGCAAGAACAUCAGAGCCUUUACUGGCAAGUGGACCAAGGACAAGGAGGCAUGA